AUGAAUCGAUAUGAUACUCAAUUUUUAGAUCUACCCGAUGAGAUAUUACUUAUUAUUUUGAAAAAACUGAAUAAUAUUGAUGUUCUUUAUUCAUUCUUAAAUAUAAAUAAUCAACGACUUAACAUUAUAGCACAAGAAAAAAUCUUUACCAAUAUUCUCAAUUUUACAUCUAUUGAUAAUAUUUCCUCAAAUGAUUGUCUCAAACUUGAUCGAUUUUGUACCGAUAUAUUGCUAAAAAUUUAUGACAAUGUGAAAUAUAUCAUUCUGCAAGCAGAUUUAAUAAAACGUAUUCUUCUUGCAACCAACUAUCCAAAUCUAACUAAACUCAAAAUUUUUAAUUUCAAAGAAGAAAUCGUUUUGUAUUAUUUUACAAAUGAAUCACCUCUUCGAUAUAUAUUUCAACAGCAAAUUACAGAUCUUAUUCUUGUAAAUAGUGAUAAACAUAAUAUGAUAGAAUCAAUUCCAAAUUAUACUAGAAAUGUUUAUGCAUAUAUCUUGAGUUUUUGCAAAAAUUUAAAACAUUUAAGUGUUAUUGAAACAUCAUAUCCACGUUUAUUACUUUGUGAUUUACCAUCAACUACAUUUUUCUCUUCAAUUCUUACUUAUUUAUGUAUUAAUGUAACAACAUUUGAUGAUUGUCUUUAUUUACUUGAUGGCCGACUCCACCAAUUAACAACAUUAAUUGUUGAACUCUAUUCCAUACAUUCUUCAACAAUAAGUCAUAAUAUGGACAAUCUACCUAAUUUGAAAUAUUUCUCAUUAAAAUCUUAUCGGUUAACUGUUUCAUAUGAUUAUACAAUUCUACAACUUUUGCGUCGAAUGUCAUGUCUAGAAAAAUUAACUUUAUAUUUGCGUAUAGAUGAUCGGAAUAGAUUUAUUGAUGAUACUCAUCUUGAAAAUGAAAUUCUUGUUUAUAUGCCACGACUUCACUCAUUUACUUUUUAUAUUUGUACAUAUGUGAAUGUUGUUGAUUUACAAUAUAAUAUAUCUAAUAAAGAUAUUCAACAAACAUUUACAAAUAUUAAACAACAAUCAGUUGCUAGUAGUCUUCAUUACAUAUAUGGGGAUAAAAUUGUCUAUUCUAUUUUAUCAAUUCCUUUUCAAUUUGAUUAUCUUGAAGAUAUUGGUAAUACAUUUCCAAAUAUUAAAUGUAGUUAUGUUACAUAUUUGUUUAUACAAGAUGUCGUUCCAUUCGACCAUCAAUUUUUCAUUCGAAUUUCUCAAAAUUUUCCAUUAAUAAUGAAUUUGCGUAUUAUGAAUGUUGUUUCACAAUCAUCAUUAGACUUUAAUAUGUUUGCAACUGAGAAUAAUCAAUUAUAUGCAAUCGCUGUAUAUCCUCAUCUUAUCUCACUUGAUAUAUUUUGUGCACAUUAUCAUUAUGUUGAAGAAUUUCUAAAUGAAAAAAAAGGCAUAUAUACCGUGUCUGACUGA